CCUCCUCCUCUCCUCUCUCUACAGCAGCGCGUCUCUCACCGCGCCUUGGAUGCCGUGUGACCAGCAGCACUGAACAGGGAAACCGGAGAAAUCCAACAAACCGCCGCCCGUCCGCACACCAGCACAGCAAAAAUUAAACCCAAACGAUGACAUUCAUACAGAAACUACAGGGGCAAACAUUUAUUUGACAACUUCCGACCCCACACCUUGCCUCCGCCGCUCCUUGCUGUUAAGUGCCCUGUUCCAACUCUCCGGCCCCCCACUCCUCCCAGCCCAUUGGCCCUCCAGUUCAGCAGGACCAUGAUGCUUAGCAGUUCCGUGGAGGUGCCCAGUCCAGGCGGGAUGAGUGGUCUCAGUGGGCUCAGCGCAGCAGCCCGGAAUGUGGUGCGAUCCUCCAGCAUCUCAGGGGCCAUGUACAACCUGGAGAAAAGCCCCAGCAGCGGGGGUCCUGAUUCAACAUCGUUGGCUGGCAACAAGAAGCGGCGCUCCAGUCUGGGUGCAAAGAUGGUGGCCAUUGUGGGGUUGUCACAGUGGAGCAAAAGCACACAGCAGCUCAACCAGCAAGACGGUGGAACAAAGAAGCUCCGCAGCACCAUCCGGAGGAGCACAGAGACUGGCAUCGCCGUGGAGAUGAGGAACAGGGUAACACGGCAGGGCAGCAAGGACUCCACUGAUGGUAGCACCAACUCAAAUAGCUCUGAUGGAACGUUCGUCUUCCCUACCACACGCCUAGGGCCUGAGAGCCAGUUCAGUGAUUUUCUGGAUGGACUCGGCCCUGCCCAGAUUGUAGGCCGACAAACACUAGCUACACCCCCUAUGGGGGAUAUCCAUGUAGGUAUGGUAGACAGAGGAGGGCAGCUGGAGGUGGAAGUCAACCAGGCCAGAGGGUUGAUCCCAAAACCAGGCUCUAAGAACAUACCAGCAACUUAUGUGAAGGUAUAUGUCUUGGAGAACGGAGUGUGUUUGGCCAAGAAGAAAACCAAAGUAGUGAAGAAGACUCUGGACCCCACCUACCAGCAGGCUCUGUUGUUUGAUGAGAGUCCUCAGGGCAAAGUCCUACAGGUAAUAGUGUGGGGGGAUUAUGGGCGUAUGGACCACAAGUGCUUCAUGGGAAUGGCCCAGAUCCUUUUGGAGGACUUGGACCUGUCUGCCACAGUCAGCGGCUGGUACAAGCUGUUCCCUACCUCUUCUCUGGCAGACCCCAGCAUUGGACCCCUCACCAGACGCCUCUCCCAGUCCUCCCUGGAGAGCGCCACCAGCCCCUCAUGCACCUAGACACCCAAGAGACACCCACAUACACUAGCGUAGGCAGUCAUGCAGACACAGACACUGUAUAUACACAACAACUGCAUUUAAAGUGUAAUGCAGAAAGGCACACACACAAACAAAUGCACAUCUUCUGCAGAAAGACACACUCGACACACAGCCAAUCCUGUCCGCAUUAACACAUACACACAAAACAUGCUGCCAUAUCUGUUACCGGACAGCAUCCUUUACUGUACGCUCAUAUUCUCACCCACGGACAAAACGAUCAGCAAAUCCAACUCAAAGAAGACACAGUUUAACCAAACAUGUAGCAUUUUUCACUCACCUGUUUCAGUAUUUCAUACCACGAUUCACCAUGUGCCACAUCCUGCAUUCCAAGUUACGAAAUCUCUGUGGCACGCGUCAUUCCAGGGCCAUCCCAAUGCCAGUUUCUAAACUCUCUAUGCCAAACUAAGACAAAAAAAACUUUAUUUUUUAAAACCAAAGCAAUUGUUAUUGUUGUUAUUAUUACUAUAAGUAGUAGGUGAACUAGUAGACAAUAUAAAGUAUGGAUAUGUAGCAGAGUCAAUGACUUAGAUGUAAUGCAAAAAAAAAAAAAAAAAAAGACAAUACAUUUUACACACAUGAGCUGAGAACGGUAGGCCAAACACAUAAACAUACGUGGCUAACAGACGUGGAUAUUCACAUAAUGGCUAUUAUGUGAGGUAGCAACACUGCUAUUCUAUAAUUUUCACAGGGCAGAGUUUAUAUCUAGAGAUAUAUAUCUAAAUAGAUAGUUAAAUACUUAUUUGUCUUUAUAUAUGUAUUGGCUGCAUUCUGCAUGUUUGCUUGCAACACAUUUUUAAAGCGCUUCAAUCUUUUUAUUUAGCUUGCCUUGACCAGUGUAACAGGAGUAUAGUGCCGCUUUGUUUUGCAAACUGUCCCGAGAAUAGAGCACUGCACUGAGUUAAGGGGAAGGAUACGACUUUGGCAACUAUCAUUGCUAUCAGUGGAAAAAGAGAACAAAAUUAGUGAGCCAGCCACACACUCGCUGCUGAACACAUUACCAAUGCUGCUUCAUCUUCAGAGUAUUGGAGAGUAGUUAGCAGUGUGAGAGGGGGUUCUUGUGCUCUACAUACAGGGGGUGCUACAGUCUCACACUCCAGUUUAGUUCCCCAUCUUAAAGUCCCAAAGAUUUUCCCCCUGCAUGUUGAAGGAUGCAGGGAUAUGGUGAGCACGCCUCUGCCUCUCUCCACAGCCACAACUCCUUCCUCUCAUGGCAGUUUUUCUGUUUAAUCUCUAUUACGUCAGUAUUACUUUGCUAGCAUACAUACAUACAGUAACCUGCCAUGACUGUGGUAGUUUUACUUGUUUCAGGUGCAUUAUGUCGGUAACACAUCCUUCAGCAGUCUGAUUUUAUAUUUCCUGCCCAGCAGUAUGUUGGCGUUUUGGACAGCACUUUACUGUAAAUGAUGUAUUUUUGAAUUUUGAACUUCAGUAAUGGUUGACCACUUUUUUAUGUUAUUUUAUUUGGUUAAACCACACUGCAUUGCGCUUCUCUGAAUCUUUGAAAUCCAGCAUGAAAAUGUAACUCGAGUGUAUUUUUAAAGUUCAGUGUGGAGGUGUACUGGAACAGCUGAAGCAGGUCAGUCCUGAUGCUGGUUUUAGACUUGAAUCUAAGCAGCAAUUUCCGUCGUUUACAGCUUGGGCUUAGUCACAAACAAAUAUGUAAGAAGUGGUAAAAGGUACUUCCGUUAGAAUCUUUUUGAUUCCUCUUAAGAGAAAACCUUUAUUUAUUUUAAUAUUUUUUUUGUUCCAACUACAGAUUGAUUGUAAAUUCAAGCUUUUAAUUAAGAUUUGAACAUAGAAAAAAACCAUGAAGACAGACUGUUGUAUGUGCAGUGUGUGAAUCCUGACUUACAUCAGAGGAGCAGCACGCCAAACUAACCUAUUGAUGUUUCCUGUUUUCUUUAGAUGAAGAUAUUCUCUGUCGAUUCAGUGUCUUUUUAAAAGAAAUGUAUCCCAGUAAUUAUAAUCUUUCUGAGCUGAAACAAACAUCAAACCUUGUCUGUGGAUAAAGAUAUUAAAACACUGUAAUAUUUUAGUGGAGCAUUAAAAGUGUUGAGCUCUUUAUUAAAAUCUUGUGUGUUUGUGAGCUCACACAUAUUUUUUUUUGUAUCACUACACAGUCGUCUGAGAAUUACGAAGUUUGUUCUAUGGAGUUUAAUCUUUUUAAACACCUCAAACCAACAAAACUCCCAUUUCAGUUCUGCUUAGACUUUAAAUAAAAGGAUCUCUGGCAUUCUUGUAUAAUAUGGGCAGGGAGUCAUAGUUGUUUUUUGUACCCUCCCAAUAAGCAUUCAACCCUUUUUAAGAAGCGAGAAGGUCAGGGUUCCAGUUUGUUUUAAGUUUUGAGGAGCUAUCCUUUGGUGGAUCAGUACUUGUAUGGUCACAUGUAUGAAGUAAUUUUAUGUAUCUUAAACUGGUUUGUAGCUAUUGGUUAUGGACGACUGGCAUGUAAAAGAUUCUUGGUCGGUGCACAUGUUAUUUCAAGUGUGUACCGUUUGUGAGGAGCUGAAAGCUUGGAUGAUAAGUGAAGAAAUUAAAUGAGAAAGAAAAAUUGAUGUAUACCCUUUCCACUGAAUGUUCAGUUCUUAAAAAAACUAGAAAAAAGCUGUUAAUAAUUUUUCCGUGUGAAUCCAAGUGGUUUAGAGCUUGUAUGAGACUGUAUGGUGUCCCUUUGCUGUGUAUUAAAUAACCCUGCACAUGAUGUAUAUGAUCUUUAACAAGUUUCUUUAUGGCAGCAGAGAGCAUUUGCCAAAUUUGUCCAAAACCUUUGAAUUCAGCAACCAAAAGAAGAAGUUAGAAUAUUGCCUUUCUUCAAAGUGUAGUGUGUGUGUGUGUGUGUGUGUGUGUGUGUGUGUCUUUUUUUGACAAGUUGCAUUUAUUGAACUGUGUGAUGCAUAAUGAAUAGCAGGACAGGAAGAUGCGAGUGACGGUAUAUGAUUAUCAAACGUUGUCCCACAUGGGGGUAAAUUUAUUUAUUUGAUAACCUGAAUGAGUUUUUAAAUAUGUAUCUGAAAGUUACGAAGCAACAGCAGGUUGUGGAUCUGGGAGAUGUCGUUAUAUGUGACGGUGGAUGCAUGUAGCCGGUUGCAGAAGCUGUUGGACUUAUCUAAGUGUCGAUUGCAGGCACCAAAGAGCUAAUAGUUGGAAACAUGUAGAGCUUGCCAAAAUGUGGUUCAGAUGCUUGGUUAAGAGUUUUGGAUGGAAAAGCUGUGGAUAUUUGGAAUGUAGAUCCCAUAAACCUGCUUGCUUCCACUUAAACCCCAAUGAUAACAGGUCAGAAUCCAACUGCAUCAUCGCUUGAAAAGUGAGUUGAAAGCUUAUUUUUAUUUUUGUAAGGAUAGAGAUAUUAUUCAAUAAAGGAGGAUAGAGUCAGAGAGGUGACACGGGCAAGACCUGCCUUUAGGUUUUUUGCAAAAAUGAGGGCUUGUUAAGUUUACAAUGGCCUUAUUUCGUGUAGGAGACAUUGCUUCACUAUUGUAGCACACAACUGAAAGUUUUGACAAAUGUAUUUUGCUUGGAAUAUUGUACUAAAGUUCUAUAUGUGUAUAGUUUUAUGAAUGUAUUUCUAAAUCCUUACACCACAAUGGAGUGCUGUUUUUUUGUCAUCCUGUUUGCUAUAUUGUCUACUUUGAUGACUUUUUCCAGGGCUCUCGCCACAGAAAGCCACCUACUUUUACUGUACUGUAUUCUGUAUGUCCUGUUUGUUUCCCGAGAGAACAACUCCAUGUUAGAAACGAGCAUGAAUUCCGUCUGGCGAAAUGCAUUUUUAUUUAUUUACAUCGCCACGAUGGCUUUCGAGAAAGGAUUGCAGUCCUCCCUCCUGCACCACUUAACUUCUCAAGUUUAUCUUAUCGAGCUGAUAUUUGUACUUUGAUCUAGAAAAUGUUUGCAGCAUGGUUUCUCUAAGAGUUUUCUUGUAUUUAAUCUUUAUGGUAACAUGACUAUGAUGAUAACAAGCCGUAGUUAUAAGACAGAUAUGACCCAGUGCAAAGUAAAAGGCAAUUCCAAGAGAUGCAACAGAAUUGUCUAAAAAUGCUGUAUCUUAAGUAGCAUGGACUUAGCCUUACAUUUUCUCAAAAAUACUUCUGGCAAUAAUGAUUGGCUGUAGCCUCUACUGUUGCUAGGGCUCUUUGUCUCUUUCUCAGUCCUUAUAGCUGCUGAUGUGGAGACAGUAUCAGCUGAGUUACCAUGACAAGUACGAUUUAAGGUUGAGUAACAUUUUUAAGCACUAGAAGCAAUUUAGACUCAACAAGGCAUGCAAUGCAUUGUGAGUAUCUGCUAUAUUAAAGCACCCAUGAGCAGCAGAUCUUCUUCUUCUUCUUCUUCUUCUUCUUUUUUUUUUUUUUUUUUUUAACCAGAAUAAGCAUGAAAUCCAUUUGUCUGUUUACCUGAGUUACAGCUGUCAACAAGAGCUAAUGGGCAUAUUAGUAAGCUUUUGCUUCUUGUUUGUCUUUGUCCACAUCUACAAAUGUCACAGCACAAGUUUCUUAAGUGGCCAUUUUGUCCUUUUUAGCUGUCUGUCAGUCUAUUUUAAGGCCGUAGUAGCUCCCCUCGCCACCGUCAAGACAACCUUCAUCUUAUCAAGCACAGAAAAGCACAAAAUCAGAACUAACGGUUUUACUUUGAAAGGAGGUAAACCUUCAGUUCUAACAAUAUUUAAUGGACCACACUAAUGCACCCAAGCACAUGUAGUACAAUUAAUGUCAAGAUGUUUAAAAAAGCAUCUUGUAAAACUAACAAAUGACUCAGCCCAGUUAAAUUGGAUCACUGGUGUUGGUAAGUGAGCGGUUGUCUUUUCUGAACUGGCCUUAAACUUUCCACCAAGUGUUCGCAGACUAAACGGGCUAAGUGUUAACAGACUGAUGUCUGAUGAAAGGAUAUGGUUAAUGGCAAAGAAGAAAAAGGGAGCUGUAAUUUUAUACCUGUGCUUUGUAAAUGUUUUCUAUGUGCAGUAUUUGAUAAUGUAAAACUGGUAUUUUUGUGGUUUGUACGCUGCAAAAUUGAUUACUUACGGUGCACGUAGUUUUGUAAGAAAAUAGAACCAAAAUGGGGAAAAACAAA